GCGCUCCCGCGGCAGGGGGAACAAAAUCUCACGGGGGAACCAAAUCGAGCACAACUGUUCACGCGCUUGCUCACAUAAAUAAGAAUGCAUAUGUCAGCUGCGUCGUGUUAUAUUGUCUUGUAAUCGCAUUACCCUUUCGAAAGUGCAUUUUAUAAGCGGUUAGUUAAGUUUUUGACAGUAUGGCUUUGACGUCCGACGCCGGGGAUGAAGAAGAGAGGCGAACUCGACUAUGCGAGGAGUUUGCCGGGUUAACGAGGACUGACAACAUCGUGGCGCAGUGCUACUUGGCGGAGAACGACUGGGACGUGGAGAGAGCGUUGAAAUGUUUCUUCGAUGCUGACAUGGAGAAAGUGUUUGAGAAGUCGCUUUCACACCAGGAGCCUCUAACCAAGAACCAAACAGUGGAGGAGGCAAAAGCUCCUGCACCAGUAAGCAUCGAUUUAAUGGCAGACAGUCCCGGCUCGUCCCCUCAACCCCCCAAGGACAUCGACAGCGGCUCAAGACUGACGCUAAUCUCAUGGAACGUGGACGGUCUGGACACAGAGAACCUGGCGGAGCGUGCCAGAGGCUUGUGCUCCUACUUGGUGUUAUACACUCCUGAUGUGGUGUUCCUGCAGGAGCUCAUUCCGCCUUACGUACAGUAUUUGAAGAAACGCGCUGUCAGCUACUUGAUCAUUGAAGCAGGUGGCGAGGGCGGCUACUUUACCGGCAUGAUGCUGAAGAAGACGAGUGUCAAGUUGCUGGAAAGCCAAAUUGUGCCUUACCCCACCACUCGGAUGGGACGGAAUCUGCUCAUGGCGCAGGUGACGUUGAGGGGCGCAAAGGUAUGGCUGAUGACGUCCCAUCUAGAGAGCUGCAAGGAGCAUUCAGGUGAGCGUAUGAAGCAGCUGCGUGAGGUGACAGGGCAAAUGCUGAAGGCGCCCGAUGACGUCAGCGUGCUGUUCGCUGGCGACACCAACCUGCGUGACGCCGAGGUGGUGAAGGUGGGCCUACCCAUCGACGUGUGUGACGUUUGGGAGCGCCUCGGCCGCCAGGAGCAUUGCCGCUACACGUGGGACACCCAUGCCAACUCCAACAAGAGCCUGCCCUACACCUCCCGCUGCCGCUUCGACCGCGUGCUCCUGCGGCCGGCCGCCCACCCUCGAGUGAUCCGCCUGGAUCCCGACCGGAUGGUCCUAGUGGGCUUGGAGAAGCUAUCCUGCGGCCGCUUCAUCAGUGACCACUGGGGCAUCUACUGCAGCUUGAGAACCACCGUCAACCACACAUCUUAAGGGCAGCAGUGCCUUUGUUUCAGCCGCUCUCUCCUCACGUCGUCAUCUGAUAAAUAUUUGUAUUAAUACACGUGACAACAAAGUUUUGUUUUGUCCAACAUGGAAAAUGUAGUAUUGGCUUGCAUCCACCAGAGGGCGACACUGCAAGUGUAAUGGUUACACAAUGCUCUUUUUUUAACCGAUUGAAUUCUAUUGUAAAAUUAUUAGACUGUUCUUGAAAACCUUAAGAGUUAAAGCCUUUCGAAUUCACGCUUUUUUGACAAAAAAAACCCUUAUUAGUUGAGCAGUUUAUUCUUUUAGAACUUCUCAAAUUAAAAAAUUCUUUUUUUCUUAAAAAAAAGUUUUUGUACGUUUUUUCUAAAUUUCCAACAUAGACACUAACAUUUUUGGGUAAAUUAUCUGAUCAUGUAAAUUAAGAAUUUACAACUACAGGACUGUCUCAGAAAAUUAGAAUAUUGUGAUGAAGUUCUUUAUUUUCUGUAAUGCAAUUUAAAAAACAAAAAUGUCAUACAUUCUGAACUCAUUACAAAUCAACUGAAAUAUUGCAAGCCUUUUUUAAUAUUGCUGAUUAUGGCAUUCAGCUUAAAGAAAACUUAAAUAGCUUAUCAAAAUAUUAUAUCAUGAAAAAGUAAACUAGUAGGGUAUUCAACUAAUCACUUGAAUCGUCUAAUUACCUCGAAACACCUGGAAGGAAUUCCUGAGCCUUGAAAAAACACUCAGCUGUCCAGAGGACCAUCAUUGACACCCUCCAUCAGGAGGAUAAGACACAAAAAGCAAUUUCUCAAAGAGCAAGCUGUUCACAGAGUGCAGUUUCAAAGCACAUCCAGAAAAGGUCUGUUGGCCUACAAUGGAUUUAUACCCAUGGUCAAGCCACUUCUGAAGCAUCUGACUUGGGCUAUGGAAAAGAAGCAGUGGACAGUUGCAGAAUGGUCCAAAGCCCUCUUUUCAGACGAAAGCAAGUUUUGUAUUUCAUUUGGAAGUCAAGGCGCUGGAGUCUGGAGAAAGGCUGAAGUGGAGCAAAAUCCAAGUUGCUUGCAUGAAGUCCAUCAUGAAGUUCCCACAGUCCGCGAUGGUUUGGGGAGCCAUGUCAGCUGCUGGUGUUGACCCGCUGUUUCAUCAAGUCCAGAGUAAAUGCAGCAGUGUAUCAAGAGAUUUUAGAGCACUACAUGCUUCCGUCUGCUGAAAAGCUCUAUGGAGAUGAUUUCAUUUUCCAGCAUGAUCUGGGACCUGCCCACAGUGCCAAAACCACCAGUAAAUGGUCUACUGACCAUGGCAUUACUGUCCUCGAUUGGCCUGCCAAAUCCCCUGACCUGAACCCCAUAGAGAAUUUGUGGGGUAUCGUGAGGAAGAAGCUGAAAGACACCAGACCCAACAAUGCAAAUGAGCUAAAGGCUGCUAUUGAAGUAUCCUGGGCAUCCAUAACACCUCAGCAAUGCCACAGGCUGAUUGCCUCCAUGCCAAGCCGCAUUGAUGCAGUAAUCCGUGCAAAAAGAUUCCCAACCAAGUACUGAGUGCAUUAAUGGACAUUUUCAAAUGUUUGAUUUUAUUUUGUUAUAAAAAAAAAUAUUUACUUUGUCUGAGGAAAUAUUCUAAUAUUCUGAGAUAGGAUAUUUGAGUUUUCUUAAGCUGUAUGCCAUAAUCAGCAAUAUUAAAAUAAUAAAAGGCUUGCAAUAUUUCAGUUGAUUUGUAAUGAAUCCAGAAUGUAUGACAUUUUUGUUUUUUUCAAUUGCAUCACAGAAAAUAAAGAACUUUAUCACAAUAUUCUAAUUUUCAAAGACAGUCCUGUAUACUUUGGUGUAGAUGAAUUAUUGAAUAAAAGUAAUAAAAACAAGUCAAACAGGAUGUAGUAAAAGCCAUUUUAAUCAGUUUCUCUCAUAAAUAACACUGAACAAAAGUGUCACACUGUGCAUAAAUAUCCACAUAUGUCUACACGUAUGUAUAUGCAUACUUACGCACUGUCAAAUUGCGUGUUAAGAAAAUACAGCAUGUGUGUACAGUAAUGCACUUAAUACCGACCGGGGAAGCGUCAUCUUCCCUUUGAGUUACUUGUUGCAUAACUAACACUAAUUUCAUACAGAACCUCUUCCUUUUUUUUUUUUUUGCAUUGAUUAAUACUACCCAAAAUCAAAUACUCUGCACGUAUAAAUAAAUAAAAAAAGUCAAAUGGUUUUUUUUUUGCGUGCAUGCCAAUCACAAGGUGUCACGCGGCUCAUUAAUUAUUCACAAGGCAACGGGAUGCAAACUCUGGAAUGUGGGCACCCUGCCUCGUUCGCUUUACAAAAUCAAUCAUGUUUUGCAUGAGGCCAUGCAAAUAUUAUUGCUGAGGUAAAAACCGGAGGGGGCCCCUUCAACCAGCAAGCCACCAAAUAAAAGCAGAAAAACAAAAACGAUGGAUGGAGGAGCCCUUGUGUGUCUUCCACAACACUUUUCGAAUCGUUGAAAAACUUAAAAAGCUUAUAUGCACAUUCAUUGUUUAUUGUUUGAGUGCCUUUGUUGAUUGUCAGCUUGCUGUUAGAAAAAUGCCCAAAAUAAAAGCAAAGACGUGAGGCUUUGAGGUAAAUGCAAAGAUAUUUCCAGUUGUUCCCCCCAAAGAUACAACAUUGAGGUGAAAUUGAAGUAAAUCUUGAGAUUCAAGUUGCAUGU